GAGAGAGAGAGAGAGAGAGAGAGAGAGGCAGGCAGCAGGGCGCACAGCUGCCCACCCUCUACCUGCUCUGCAGACGCGUGCCUGACCUAUCCGCUCCUGGAUUUCCCUUCAACUUUUUUUUCUCCACGGUUUUUCUACUGUUUCCAGUGUCGCAUUCAUCUGUCAACUGACCCUUUGGAAUGAACUGUUUUCCUGCCCGCGUCGUUUCCAUGUCAGCAUGGGAACUGCCGUGUCCAAAAGGAAGAAUUUAAGAAACGAUGCGAUAUCCUCUGUGGCAGCAAAAGUUAGAGCAGCACGAGCAUUUGGAGAGUACCUGUCCCACACACACCCUGAAAACAGAAACGGAUCAGCUCAUCUCUUGUGUGAAACCUUGGUGGGUCCGGACCAAGAGUCGCCAAGUGACACAAGUGGCCCCAGCAACAACAACAACCACCUCAAUUUCUGCACCAAGGGCUCUGAGGCAAACCCAGAGCCCAACCUGGUGAAGUCACCGCUGGGUUUACUCCAGCCACCUCCUCCUUCUAUCACCCUUUCUACCAAGCCAUCGCGGCUGUCGCUUGAGCGCAGUUUCUCAGCAGAAGAGGACCAGCAGAAGUGUGUAGAGUGCACGCUGCAGCCUGCUCGUGUGUACACCAUUACCACCCAGCACGGUAUGCUGAUGAGCAGCAAGGAAAGCCUAGAACUGGACGUGCUAAAAGAGAAGUCAGGGAGUGGCGGUGUAGGAUCCCGAGGGGUCAGUGGUGGUGCAGGAAGCAGUGGUGGCGACCAACACCUCCAAACCACCCUGACCCAGCCCUCCACUUCCCCCUCCUCCAACUCAUCGUCCCCAACCCAGUACCACCAUGCCAGCAGCAGCCGUGGAACCAGCCACCAUCACAGCAAUCACCACCACAGUAACCAUCACCAUGGCCUCCACCACCAUCACUCCAUCACAGGCACCAAUGCACCAUCAGGCAGUGGCGGAAGUAGUGGGCUGAGUGGAAGUAACAGCAACCAGCAGCAGCAGCAGCAGUCUGGAACAGCAGUUGGGCCGCACGCCCAUCAUGGCUCACACCACCACACACACCACCACCACCACUUGUCUCAACCCCCGCUGCAGACAUCGGUCAGCGCUCACAACAUCCGGGGUUGGGGUGAGGGUGGGAAAGGGGAGGCAGAGUGCAGCGGGUUGGCGUGUGACUCGUGUACCAGCGCCCCUUCACGGAGCCAAGGCUCCCUGGACCUGGAGAGUGCAUCCAGAGAGGCAGGCAAGCAGCACCGACGCCUAGAGCGGAUGUGGAGUGUGGACCGGGUGACUGGGCUGGAGAGAGAGGACACUAACUGGUUCCCCAAGGAAAAUAUGUUCAGCUUUCAAACUGCCACAACAACCAUGCAGGCGAUAUCGGCUUUCCGGGGAUUUGUGCAGAGAAAAAGGAGAGAGAGGGAGCAGGAUUCGGCGGAAGUCAUCCAGAGGAACUUCCGGAAGCAUCUUCGGAUGGUGGGCAGCAGGAGGAUUAAAGCACAGACAUUCGCUGAGCGUAGAUCGAAGAGUUUCAGCCGGUCCUGGAGUGACCCCACCCCUGUCAAGACUGACUGUCCUCAUGAAACCAAAGACAGUGGAGACCUGCAAGCUUCCAGCGGUACUCUGGAUGAAGGAGGACUAGAUGACAAUAUAGACUGGGAGGAGGAGAGAGAGAUGGAGAGGCUGGCCUGUGAGGGAGAUGAUUUUAUACCACCCAAAAUUAUGCUGAUCUCUUCUAAGGUCCCCAAGGCUGAGUACGUUCCCACCAUAAUCCGCAGGGAUGACCCCUCCAUCAUUCCCAUCCUCUAUGACCAUGAGCAUGCAACUUUUGAUGAUAUUCUGGAGGAAAUAGAGAAGAAGCUCACAGCUUACAGGAGAGGAAGCAAGUUCUGGAGGAUGCUCAUAUUCUGUCAGGGAGGCCCAGGUCAUCUGUAUUUACUGAAGAAUAAAGUGGCGACCUUUGCUAAAGUGGAAAAGGAAGAGGACAUGAGCCAAUUCUGGAGAAGGCUCAGUCGCUUCAUGAGUAAAGUCAACCCAGAACCAAACCUCAUCCACAUAAUGGGAUGCUAUGUCCUGGGAAAUCCCAAUGGAGAGAAGCUGUUUCAGAAGCUGAAAAAUCUGAUGAGGCCUUAUUCUGUUGAGUUCGAGUCACCGCUGGAGCUGUCUGCACAGGGCAAAGAGAUGAUUGAGCUGUACUUCGAUUUCCGUCUCUACCGGCUGUGGAAGACGCGACAGCAUUCUAAACUCUUGGAUUAUGAGGAUUUUUUGUGACGGAGAACCUGGAUUACGGGUGCAGUGGAACCUUCUGAUGCCACGAGGACUGACUGAGCAUUGUUCAGCUGUCAUGCUCAAUAUAAAACAUCACACCUGCUUUCAUCCUGAAGAGGGCUGAGAGGAAGAAGGAUGGCAGGACAAAGAGGAUGAAGAUAAGGAUCAAAAGGUUAAAAUAAAGGGCCAAAAUAACAGAAAAAAUAAAGAAACAAAGCUGAAAAUUUUGGGAAAAGCAGCCACAGCCAGACAAUGUCACAGUCACGAACAUGCUCUGCCUCUUGAGUUUGAAAGCAAAAGCAGAAUUAAAAAUGAUAAAAUGAAAAAAAAAAAAAAAAAUUCCAUCUUCAUAUCAUCUCUCUUGCAAAGACAUACCUUUUGAGGCUAAUGUGCUUCAGAAGACUUGCUGUAAGUUAUUUUGUCAUAAUGUGGUUCUGUGUUUUGACUGGACCUCUCAGAUAACCUCACAGCUUGGGGAUAAACAUGUAUACACAUAAGAACCCAUAUGUCUGUGUGUGUAUAUUUCAUAUGAAUAUCUAGCAUAGCUUUAGUCAUGCAAAUAAUACUCUAUGAGAAUAAUGAUGCAUCAUUUAUUUUUGAUGUGCAUUGUUGUGCAGUUUCAUAUGGAAAUACUUUGAAAUAACUCAGGUUUUAGCCAUGAAGUAAUUAAUCUGUUUGUCUAUUUAUCAAGAUAUUGUAAUCUCCAUCGCCAUUGCUUGGAAUGAAUGUAUUAUCUCUUCAGAAAUGUAUCUUCAGUUUGAGGAUUUGAGCUUCAUGUUUUGGUAAAACUAAAAAAAGUUUAAAAUGUUAAGGUAUUGUGUGUGUUUGUGCGUGUGAAUGCGUUUUUCAUGUAAAAAAAUAUACAUGCAGAUGUGUUUUUGUGUAUGUAUCUUCCCUCUCUGCUCCUCGGUUAGAGCAAAGACAACUACUUAUCAUCUUCAUCCUCUCAUUUCUUUCUUCUUCAGUCACGCACACUUGCAUUAACAGUCUAGUGUGAUUCAUGAUGUCAAGAGGGAUUGAACAGCCAUCCAACUGCACCUAUCCUUGUAGUUGCCCUAUUGACCAUUCCUGCUUUCUUACAGACAGUUCAGGCCACUUAGGCAGCUGCUCUCAGAGUCUGCCAAACACUCAUAGUUGUCUUAACAGCAGCGAGAGAAGCUUCCACCACCUCUCACUUCCCUGGGCUGUGAUCCAGUCUGAGGACCCGGGCUCUUUGAGUCAGGCAGAUCUGCCAGGAGUUUCAGCUGUUAAAGAGCCACAUGCUGCCCCUGUCAGGUGUCAGCUAGUUAAAAGGUGAGGAAUAUGCAAGUGUUUCUCUGUCUGAGACCUCUGCUCUGCCCCUGUGACCUCAGCUGUCUUAAAUAGCUUAAAGGUGGUCAGAUGUGGAGUGCAGCAAUUAAGAUGACUCUUGGAUGAUGAUCAGUAACAAUGGGCAAGGGCUCACACACACAUACAAACAAAAACCAAGGGCUGGGACAUAAAGGAAGUAUAGAAAUUAAUAUUUCACACUUAAUUAUUCAUAUUUCAUUUAAAAGUUUACACAACAGAAUAUUUGUAAGAUGAUUUGAGGAGUGAAAUAAAAGUCAAAUAUAUAUCAGGAUAGUGAGACUCUAAAAGUUCAGCAAAAUCUCUGUUAUGUCCUCAGUGUACCAUAUACAGUAACUAGGGUGAUAUUUUGAGGUACAGUCACAAUCCAUGAUCUGAAUUAUAUAAAAUGUAGGUUACAUCCAGCUAUGGUUUUUAGAAGCUUCGGCUGCAUGAUGGAGUUUUGUUGUUGUCUUCUGACUCGAAACUCUGCACUUUUGCAUCACUUUGAACUGCUGUAAGUGGACUGAAAUAAACUCACUAAUCUGACAAUGUGUGUUAGUAACAUUAAUUGUACAAAGCCACAGGUUAGCACAACGAGUACAUGCAACACCCUCUGUAAAAUAUCGCUAAUUAUACUGACAAAUGGGCCUUUUAAAAUGUGGAGUCUUGAUAGUACUAUAAUGUUUUACUUAAGGGCACAAUCUGUAUGAUCUCAUUUAAAAGUAAAUCCUAUACCAAAUUAAGAUCAAUCAGAAUUUAAGAUUGUGAGAUGAUCCACGCUUUACGUAACCUUACAUAUCCCUGAAACAAUAGCUGUGUUUCCAUAUAACUGUCAAGCAAAUUUGAAGAGAACUAAUAAAAAGAUGUGGGG